UAGUACAAGGAAAUGCGCAUGCGCGUUAUGUAACCAUAGUUACUACGAUAUAAACUGACUUACGUUGGUUGCGUAGAAAGAAACGUUCAACGAGAAAUAUGCUAAACUUUCCCGUUUCACAGAUUCGUCUCGAUUAAAUAAGCAUAAUCACGUCCAACCUAUAUACAUAUAAUUCGGUGAAUGUCUCCGUCUAAUUAUUCUAGUCUCCGGAAUGUCAGGAGAGGAGUGAAGUCCAGGAUGCACAAGCUUGUACGGCACUUCGUUGGACCAGUGGUUAAACAUCGAUAAUAUAACGAGCAAACACGUCUUUAACAGCCAUGGAGUUACUUCCAAUUCUAGAUGUCCUUGAUUCGCCAAAAGAAGGACUGUGGUAUUCUUUGGUACCUGCUGGAAGUGCUCCCGGUGUCAGCGUGGGUCACACUUGCUCCUUUGUUCCCUCUACUGAUGAAGGAAAUGGAAGAAUCAUCAUUAUUGGUGGAGCGGAUCCCAGUGGUAGUUUCUCACAUUCCCAUGUUAUCGAUCUUGAUAAUCACCAGUGGGUUCAAGCCGAUUGGACAGGUCUUGAGUCACGCUAUGAACACUGCAGUUUUGUGCCAGAUUGCUGCCCACAGAGCUUAUGGGUGUUUGGAGGAGCACAGCAGACAGGCAAUCGCAACACCAUUCAGAAGAUCCAGUUAUCAGACAGCGAUUCCCACUGGAGGAAUAUUCAAACAAAUGGGGACCCUCCAUGUCCGAGGACAUAUCACACCAGUUCAGCUUGCCUUGGAGACAAACUGUAUGUGUUUUCUGGAGGUGAAGCGGGAGCCUCACCAGUCGCUGACCAGAAACUCCACAUAUUCGAUACAGUGUCGUCAACGUGGUCCCAACCGCAAACACAAGGCCGACCCCCAACAGCAAGGCAUGGCCACAUUAUUGUAGCUGUCGGUUCUAAGAUCUAUAUUCAUGGCGGCGUAGCUGGAGACAAAUUCUACAACGACAUGUACACUCUUGAUACAGUGGGCAUGCUGUGGAAAAAGGUGAAAGCCAAAGGAGAUCUCCCACCUGCUGUGGCAGCACACUCGUCUGUAGCGUUGGGCAAUUGUGUCUACAUUUUUGGUGGGAUGACACCUGAUGGAGCCAGCAAUUCCAUGUAUAAAUUCGUCACUGACAAGUGCAAAUGGGUCCUGAUGAGAUUUGAAGGAGAUCUGCCGCCAAACCGCCUCGACCACUCUAUGUGCCUGGUGCCAUGGAAGAUCAGAGAUGCAGCAUCUUCAAGUGAUGAGUCGGCAGAUUGCCAAGCAAACUCGAAUUCGGUUAAUUUAGUUUUUAUUUAUGCAGGAAUGGACACUCAAGGGGUCAUUCAUAAUGACUGUGUCGUGACUGUGGUGACAUGAUGUCAAAAUGUUCUUUUCUACCAGUAACUGUGAUGGUCAUUAAUGUAGUAGAUGCACUGAAAUCUGGUGAACUGAUUAAUGCUCCUCUUGAAACUUGAUUUUUCAGAAAAUGAGUGAACGUGUACAUUUAUGCUCAUGGGAAAAUCGUCUCACAACUUAUGGAAAUUAAAUUCAGAAGAGGGUAUUGAAAAUCUUUCAAUAAGGCCUUUUAAUGAUAAAAAUGUCAUGGAAUACCACCACUUUUGAAGGGAGAGUCAAGGCAUUCUUUGGGUGUGAAUUAGGUAGGUUAUGAGGUAGUGCAAGAAGCCAAAUGUUUCUUGGAUAACUGACUGCAUGAAAGAUACUGAUGAAAAAAAAAAUGCAGCUUGUCCAGACCAUGGCUUUUGUAUAUUUAAAAACAAACAAAAAAAACCAAAACACAGCUUGUGAUAUUUUGUAUCAAACAUUUUAUUUGUUUCCAGAAGAACAAUGACCAGAUUUAAUAAAUAACUUUUGU